AUGUAUCUUCGGGUUGUCAUCUCUCUUGCUGCCCUUCUGCCGUCUGUGUGGGCCAGCAAGACGUCCGCGAUUGCAACAUGGGAAGAAAACCCUACCAGUCUUGGGUCUUCCAUAGUCAUAACCCCAUCAACCUCUUCUGGAAAGCCUGCAAUCAUCUUGGGUCUUCAUCCCUGUGGAGGCACUGGACAGAUGUAUCAGUCCAUGACCACUCUCCCAUCAUACGUUGAUAAGUUGAACCUUGUGCUGCUUUACCCAACCUCAAAGUCUCAGAGUGGAAUGAAUUGCUGGGACGCGCACUCCGCCAAAUCUUUGAAGCAUGAUGGAGGUGGCGACUCUGAGUCCUUGGCAGGGCUAGUCAAGACGGCACUCAAAACCUACAAUGGAGAUCCGAAUAAGGUUUUCGUAGUUGGUGGCUCUUCUGGAGCCAUGGAGUCCAAUGUGCUAGCUGCGACAUAUCCAGACCUUUUUAAAGGCGCUGCCUCGUGGUCUGGCGUUCCGGCAGCAUGUUGGGCAGGAUCACCGAUCUCGACGCCGAUGUCGUCGGACCUCAGCUGCCCUCUUGGCAAGAAAGCCAGCACGUAUACAGCACAGCAGUGGGGUGACCUCGCACGUGGGUGCGACACCGGAUACAAUGGAACCUAUCCGAAGAUGAUGGUCGUUCAUGGCACGGCUGAUACUGCGGUUACGAUCAACAACCUGAAGGCGCAAUUAGACCAGUGGAGUAAUGUUAUGGGGCUAACGUUUUCGAAAAACACUUCGAAUACGCCAGUAGCCAACUGGAAGAGGAUUGACUACGGUGAUGGAACCUUGCUGAGAGGUUACGAGGUGGCAGGUGGUGGUCAUAUACCCGCUUUCCAGGCAGAUGAGGUGCUGAAGUUCUGGGGAUUGAUUUGA